AUCAGAAAGGCCAAACAAUAUUUAUCACCCAUUCCGAUUUUACAAUGUCAAAUAUCGUAUUUCGUUUCUUUUCUUCAUCUCCUGACCACCAAACUAUGGCAUCUCUGCGAACUUCUCUACUCACCUCCCACGCAAUCGGAGCCCUUCGCCGUCCCUCCGCCGGAGUUCAACCUCCCUCCGUCACCUUUAUUACUCCUGCCCUCCCUAAUUUGCAGAAACUAAGGUUAACGAACGAAAUAAGGGAGCAAGUGAAAGAGAGUUGGCAUCCUUUAUAUGCAUCAUCCACAAAUCCUUCAGAGGGAUCAGACGACACGAAAACCAGUAAUACUGCCCAAGGCCCUCCGUUCCUCACCAUUUUGGCUGGUCUGGUAGUUUUCUUGAUCAUAUGUUGGCUCAUUGGAUCCAUACUGAUGUGGCUUAUUGGGUUAGUAGUCCAUCCACCUCAGUUGAAAUGAGUCCAAGUUUGUCCUGUACUUGUACUGGCAGAUUAGUUUAUUAAUUCAAGAAUGAAGGAAAAGAAUUCCUGUCCUCCUUACUCAACAGAUAUUUUAGAGACCGAGGAGCAUGAGAUGGCAGACUUUGCUCUCUAAUUGCAUGUAGUCCUGACUGCCUUACAUUUUCAAUCAACACUUAGCCACUGGUUAGUAUCUUA